CGAUGUCAAUGAAGAUGUGACGCCGUCAUCGUGAAACCAGCUAUUGUGGAACUUCGCUGUGUUUUGAGGGAGCAGAACACUGUCACACUGUGUGUGAAGUCUCUGUGAACUGCAGUGUCAGUCAUCGAGAAUAAGAAAAAAAAAACGUAAAUUUGUGAAAAAAUGGUUACUUGUGUUGUCUACGGAUGAGCAGACAGCAACGGGAAGUCAGCUGUCUACCACAGGUACCAGAAGAUGCCAGAGAGAAGAAUGAGUGAGAGGCAAAUUCUCUUCCACAAAACACACUCAUUGAUAUGGAAGGAACAAAAAGUGGUGUGAAAAAUUAAGCGAGGCAAAUACGGACGAUAUUCCGAGCAGAGCAGUAGAAGCCAUGCAGAAGCCUGUUGAUGAAUAUCAGGUGUUUGCGGAUUACGUAGCAUUAGAACUACGUUCGUUAUCACAACCAUCGAGUAAAAAAAAAUUAAAAAGGAUGAUACAAGAGGCAAUACUGCAAGUUUCUGCAGAAGAUGAAGAUGCAAGUGCUUCCCGGAUACCUCCAAAAGUUGAUGCUGGCAGUAAAUAUUUAAGGCAGCAGCGCCAGCGGAAGCCAGUCACCGUGGAAGCUGAGAUGCCUGGUGCAGCUGAGGAUAUGGAUUGUACCACAAUAAAGCAAGAGAAACUCUCCGACGAUGACGAAGCUGCCGAUUUAGCACAAAUGCAGGGAUUUGAGUUUGUGGCAGUGAAGCAGGAGCCACUGGAGGACACGGCGGCAGAGGGACAGGACGCGGUACAGGAAUCUGAAUAUAUUACUGUGAAGAAAGAGGAACCAUUUCACGAUGACAGGCGACACGGAGAGCCGGAUCCCGCACAGGCAGAAGCUGAGCAUUUUGUCGUCCCUAAAGAGGAACCCUUUGACCACAGGGUCCAACCUGGAGAGGUGGACACCGCACAGGUACCUGCGCCAAUGAAUGGAGAAUUCGAACUGAGGGGUGCAGCAGUGGAACGGAGGGAAACUACUUCGACAGAGGAGGCUCCUGUCAGUUUGUCGCCAAUUACAAAACGGAAUGAUCGACAGGAAAUUGGUGCUCGGGCGAGGCAGUUAAAAGCUAAAUUACAGAUGCUGGUGAACUAUGUAAAUUCCUGUGAGUUGAGUGCGGAAACAAUAGGCAUCAUAGACAAAGAAGUGGACCGUUGGUUAUCACUAACUCACUUUUACGUCAGUAGGGAAGUUCCGCAUUGUGCCAGCAGUGAUGAGACGAAAGUGCAACGAAUGCCUGAUAAAGGAAAUAGUACUGUUGGAAAACCAAACCUUGUUGAGAAGCCUAAUGUUCCAGAUUCACUGAGGCAAGUUGGCAGUGAAAUGUUGACUACGCAUGUCAAUUUUGACCAUUCUUACUGUAAGUAUUAAGUUGACCGACCCUAAAUUAUUGGGUGCCCAUCACAGUUGGUUGGCGUUGUGCGGAAACACGCCAUGCAAAAACAGAUUAAUUCAGUGGACGUGGUAGCUCUGUUGUGAUAAGGAAAUCUGUGUGUAUUUA